AUUUAAGCAAAAUAAAUUAAAAAAAUGCAGUCAUUGCUACUUUGGGGCGUAUAUCAGAAAAAUGAGGUUGUGUCGCUCUGAACUCCACUGCCGGUAAUAACCUCGCCGGGAAACGCUACCGGAGUUAGUUUACGGUCGCCAGAAACGUUACAGUUCCUCAAUGGAGAAUUCCGAUGAAGAAACCGACGGAAUCUCUGGUAAUCAUGCACCUAAAGAACUAACUCGUUUAUCAUCUAACGGUGCUAAAUUUGUUGAUGAAGUACUCAACGGUCCAAAUCAACGUUGUUUGGACAAUUUCCGAAUGGAUAAACAAGUAUUCUACAAAUUAUGUGAUAUUUUAGAGACUAAGGGUUUAUUACGUGACACAAAUAGAAUCAAAAUUGAAGAGCAAUUAGCUAUGUUUUUGUUUAUUAUUGGUCAUAAUCUAAGGAUUAGGGCUGUUCAAGAGUUGUUUCAUUAUUCUGGUGAAACUAUUAGUCGUCAUUUUAAUAAUGUUUUGAAUGCAAUUAUGUCCAUUUCGAAGGAGUAUUUUCAGCCUCCUAGCUCUGAUGUUCAUUCACUAAUCUCUGAAGAUCCUAGAUUUUUUCCAUAUUUUAAGGAUUGUGUGGGAGCAAUUGAUGGUAUAUAUGUACCUGUGACAGUUGGUGUAGAUGAACAGGGACCUUUCCGCAAUAAGGACGGGUUACUUUCACAAAACAUUCUUGCAGCAUGCUCAUUUGACCUCAAGUUUUGUUAUGUUUUAGCUGGUUGGGAAGGAUCUGCUACAAACUUACAAGUGUUUAAUUCAGCAAUCACUAGGAAGAAUAGACUGCAAGUUCCUGAAGGUAAAUACUACCUGGUAGACAACAAGUAUCCGAAUGUGCCAGGUUUCAUUGCUCCGUAUCCCCGAACUCCCUAUCACUCCAAGGAUUUUCCCAGUGGUUACCACCCACAGGAUGCAUGUGAAUUGUUCAAUCAACGGCACUCAUUAUUACGAAAUGUCACUGCUCGAACUUUUGGUGCUUUAAAGGCGCGAUUUCCUAUAUUGAUGGCAGCUCCUUCAUACCCAUUACAGACACAGGUAAAGUUAGUGGUGGCAGCUUGUGCAUUACACAAUUACAUUCGCGGGGAGAAACCAGAUGAUUGGAUUUUUAAGAUGUAUGAAAAGGAUACAUCAUUUACAACAGAGGAAUCACUACCCCCAUUAGAGCUGGAAAUACAUGUUGAGACCCAAAACCAGUAUCAGGGUCUUAGUUUUAAUGCUGAAGAAAUUGCACUUGCUUCACAGUUAAGGGUCAAUGUUACAACUGAAAUGUGGAACACAUUUAUCCAUGAUUUUCCCUCGAUGUAAAAUUUCUUUAAUUAAGUUUAUGUUCUCAGGUUAGGUUUGAAGUUUUGCCAGGACCUUCAGGAUAUAGUAGGGUACUGUUUAUUUAUACUUUGAUAGUGUACAUUGCCAUUUUGUUCAUAAAUAAGAAGCAUGCAUGUUGAUCA